GAAUAAUUUAAGUGUUUGCUGAGUGAAGGAGAAAAUUGCGCGAGCACACAAUUAUAAGCACAGGAAAAAUUUAUUGAUGUCCAUAUCAAUGCUUCAAGACGCACAGACGCGAACUUUAGCUGCUGCAUUAGCUGGCAUAAAACAAGAGGACGUCGCUCUGGACCGUUCCAUGUCGCUAUCGCCUCCCAUGUCGGCCAACACAUCAGCCACAAGCGCCGCUGCGAUGUACCCAGCUAUGGGUCUCCAACAGGCGGCAGCUGCCUCAGCUUUCGGAAUGCUUUCACCCACCCAACUUCUGGCUGCAAACCGUCAGGCUGCUGCAUUCAUGGCCCAACUGCCCAUGAGCACAUUGGCCAACACGCUCUUUCCACACAAUCCGGCGGCUUUGUUUGGGGCUUGGGCUGCCCAACAGACGCUCCCGCCCCAGGGCACGCAUUUACAUUCGCCGCCCGCCAGCCCACACUCGCCGCUGUCUACGCCUCUAGGCAGUGGGAAGCACCCGUUAAGUUCCCCCAACAGCACACCCCAGCACCAUGAGCCAGCGAAGAAGGCUCGAAAAUUGUCGGUUAAGAAGGAGUUCCAGACCGAGAUCAGCAUGAGUGUAAACGAUCUUUACCAUACACCGGGAGGCCCCAUAUCUCCGCCCUCCAGUGGCAGCUCUCCCAACUCAACGCACGACGGAACGGGUGGCAAUUCUGGAGGUGUCGCUGUCUCCAAGGACCCAUCUCGCGACAAAAGCUUCACCUGCAAAAUAUGCUCACGCAGCUUUGGCUAUAAGCACGUGCUUCAGAACCACGAACGUACCCACACCGGUGAGAAGCCUUUCGAAUGCCCGGAGUGCCACAAACGGUUUACUCGUGACCAUCAUUUAAAAACCCACAUGCGUCUGCAUACUGGAGAGAAGCCAUAUCAUUGCUCGCACUGCGAUCGGCAAUUCGUUCAGGUGGCCAAUCUUAGAAGACAUUUGCGAGUACACACUGGCGAGCGUCCCUAUACGUGUGAAAUCUGCGAUGGCAAAUUCAGUGACUCCAAUCAGCUAAAGUCACACAUGCUGGUUCACAACGGCGAAAAGCCGUUCGAGUGCGACCGCUGCCACAUGAAGUUCCGACGGCGCCACCAUCUGAUGAAUCAUAAGUGUGGCAUUCAGUCGCCGCCUACUCCAGCUCUUUCACCAGCCAUGAGUGGAGAUUACCCCAUGGCAGUCUCCGCAAUGGCUAUCGAGUCAUCCACGAAUAAAUUUGCGGCAAUGUGUGCCAACUAUGGAGGUUCGGACGAGUCGGUCGACAUGGAAAAAGCAACAACGGAAGACGAUGGUCCAUUGGAUUUGUCUGAGGAUGGAGCCAGCUCUGUAGAUGGUCAUUGCAGCAGCAUCGCACGACGCAAGGCACAGGACAUUCGCCGAGUGUUUCGCCUACCUCCACCGCAAAUCCCUCACGUACCCAGUGAUAUGCCUGAGCAAACCGAGCCAGAGGAUUUGAGCAUGCAUUCGCCCCGCUCGAUCGGAUCUCAUGAGCAAACCGAUGAUAUAGACUUGUAUGAUUUGGAUGAUGCCGCUGCUCCUUAUAUGGGCCAUACACAACAUUAG